GCCUGGCGACGGGACGCGGCCUAGCGAGGCCUGCGAGCGAAGCCUGCCUGCCUGCCUAGGCCGCCAUGGACGCCGAGUCGCUGCCUUACGCCUUGGACCUGGUGGCUGGCAGUGGCGUCUGCCUCAGCCCCGAGAAGAGGGCGGCCUUGCGGACCUCGCUGCUGCUGGUGCGCCGGGACUACCGCUUCGAGCAGGUCCGCCUCUGGGGCCGGCUCCAAGGCAUCCGCGGCGCCUACUACAUCGCCGAGGGCCUGGGCCCGGACAGGGCUGGAGCCAGGAGCCGCCUCUAUAGCUUAAACUGUGUUGACUGGAGCCUUCUGCCCCCUCCUACUGAGGAAAUGGUUGCAACGACUGCAGCGCUAAAAGGACGUUUCCAAGGGGACCCAUCCUAUGAAUAUGAACAACCUGAGAAGAAAGAAGAUGCUGAAAGGCCAUAUGAAGAGGAAGCUGGAUCCUUGCUCAAAGAGGAGAUCCGUCUUGUAGCUACAGUACAUCAGAUAGAUAAAGCAGUGGGUAUUGUUCCACGAGGAGCAUAUGUAAAGUCACCACUUGGUCCUGUGCAUGAAAACAGGAACUUUGAAGGUUUAUCGCUGACAGAGGGCAAAAAGUUAAGCUCUUAUUUCCACUUCACUGAGCCUGAAAAAUUGAAAAACAAAACUCUCUUGGAGAAAGCUGACUUGGAUCCAGCCAUUGACUUCUUGGAUUCUCUUGAACAUGAUAUUCCUAAAGGGUCCUGGAGUAUCCAAGUGGAGAGAGGAGGCAGAGUGAUCGUACUACGAAGUCUCCUAUGGCUUGGGCUUACAUUCUACCAUGUUCCCAAUACGAAACAGCAUGGUUAUAUCUAUUUUGGCAAUGGAGAGAAGAACAUAGAUUUGCCUUUCAUGUUGUGAGGAUUAUACAGACUGGAAAAUUAAGGAGUGUUAUAUACUAAUCUUGUACUUAAACCCAAGUAUAUACUUUUGUUUAAUAAUUCAAUUUGCUUUCUUUCUGCAUCUAAGUUGAGGCAUAUUUAAGAUGUUUUACAUCUAGAGAACACCUCUGAUAAGUGGCCAGAUUUGUUCAUUUUUGGAAUGAAAUUAGGCUCUCCCACUCUGUAGUUCAACAACAAAUGUGUUGUGUCUUAACAGUGUAGGGUGUACUGGGCUUAUUGCACAUUUCAAAGUUGUCCCAUAAAUUGUCAUUCUGAAAGAAUAUUUGAAUAUAAAAAUAGGAAUGCAUAGGGCCCCUUUAGAUAGUUGUUUCAGGGCAACUGAAUCCUAUCUGUUCAAAGGUAUGUUACUGCUGUCAUUGCCAGACAAGGUAUUUUUGAAACACAGAGGAACUUCCAGUCUAAAAAGUAACUGAGGAAAAUAUUUUUCCUUCCAUUUGCUGAGGUUAAGUGCCAUGUUAGGUUUCCCUUCUCUGUCACAGGGUUUAAAGCCUAUUUCCUUUCAUAUCUUCCUCCCUGCUAGAAAGAAUGUGCUGCUCUAACUUUCUGUAGCCCCUGAAUUACAGUAGAAAGGGGAAAUAAUGCUCUGGCCAUGUCCAAUACUCAAAGGAAUUAAAUCCACCAACUAUUUUUAUUCAGGCCACAUCACCAACAUAGAAACAACAGCCUGGCCCAGACUGCAUAUACCUGAUUAUAUAGCUUGCCACUCUGUUCUGAUCUUCCUCUUCUGCCUGGGUGUAUCUUUUCUUUUGUUUGUAAAUCUGAUGGCUUUGUUUUGCUUUUGUUGAUAUGAGCCACUUUGAGAUAUAACUGUAUGAAAAAUGGGAUAAAAAUACUGCAAAUAAAAUACUAUUUAGCAAAUA